AUGACCGGCCGGCUCGCGCGACUCACGCCAGUACCCGCCACGCUGCGUCGUCACGAGCGGACGCGCAGUGCACGGGCGAUGAAGAUCGAACAGAUGCGCGCGCGGGCGUUGCUGCUGCUGGCGCCGCUGCUGCUGGCGGGCGCGGCGGCGGCGGGGGCGGCGCCGCUGCGCGUGGGCGUGGUGGGCGCGGCGCCCGAGAACGAGCUGCUGCUGGCGGCGGCCGUGCGCGCGGCGUUGGGCGGGCGCGCGGGCGGCGCGGGCGCGCACGCCGAGCCGGGCGAGCCGCUGGCGGCGCCGGGCCGCGUGUGCGCGCAGGCGGCGGCGGGCGCGGCGGCCAGCGUGGGCGGCGCGCGCGGCGCGGCGGCGGCGGCGCGCGCGGGCCUGGCGCUGCUGCUGGCGGAGCGGGCGGCGCGCGAUGCGGGCGCGCUGCAGCUGUGGCCGGCGCCUGGCGCGGCGGCCGAGGCGCUGGGCGCGCUGCUGGCCGCCAAGGGCUGGCGCGGCGCCGUGCUGCUGCACGCGGGCAGCGCGGCCGCGGCGCCGCGCCUGGCGCCCCAGCUGGAGCGAAUGGCGCUGCGCGCGCGCCGCCUGCCGCCGCCGCACGACGACGACGCGCUCAGGAACCUGCUGCUGGUGCUGAAGCGCUGGGGCGCCACGCGCUUCGUGGUGUGGUGCGACGCCGCGUGCGCCGUGCGCGUGCUGGACGCGGCGCAGCGCGCCGGCCUGCUGGGCGCGCGCCACUCCUUCCUGCUGGCCGCGCUGGACCUGCACACGCACCCCCUGGCGAGCUACAGCUACGGCGGCGCCAACGUCACCGGGCUGCGGCUGUUCGACCCCGACGCGCCCGCCGUGCGCCGCGCCACGCGAGCCUGGGCCGCCGAGUACGCGGCGCUGGUGGCGCCGGCGGACGCCGGCGCGGCGCUGCGGCGCGUGGCGGCGGGCCCGCCCACGGCGCUGCUGCUGGCCUACGACGCGGCGCGCGUGACGGCGCGCGCGGCGGCUCGCCUGCGCCUGCCCGCCAUGCCGCCGGGCGACUGCGCGCGCGGCGCCGCGGCCUUCCACGCCGACUCGCUGCUCAACUACGUGCGCUCGGAGGAGUGGCGCGGCGCCACGGGCGCGCUGAGCUGGGCCGCGGGCGGCGCUCGGCGCGGCGUCACGCUGCACGCGGCGGAGCUGCGGCGCGGCGGCGCGCUGGCGGCGGCGGCGCAGUGGAGCGCGCGCGCCGGCCUGACGUGGCGCGCGCGCGAGCCCGCCGCGCCGCCGCCGGGCGACGCCAUGGCCAACCGCACGUUCGCGGUGCUCAUCGCACAGAGCGACCCGUACGUGAUGCAGCAGCAGUCGGCCGAGCGCCUGGCGGGCAACGCGCGCUACGAGGGCUUCUGCGUGGAGCUCAUCGAGCAGCUGGCGCGGCGCCUGGGCUUCAACUACACGUUCGUGGAGCAGCCCGACGGCGACUACGGCACGCUGGACCGCGCCUCGGGCCAGUGGAGCGGCAUGAUGCGCCGCCUCAUCGACGACGAGAACAUACACUUCGCUAUCACGGACCUGACAAUCACGGCGGAGCGCGAGGAGGCUGUGGACUUCACGACGCCCUUCAUGAACCUGGGCAUCAGCAUCCUGCUGCGCAAGCCUACUAAGCCGGAACCCGCGCUGCUUGCCUUCCUGCUGCCCUUCUCGAACGGGGUGUGGCUGUGCCUGGGUCUGGCGUACCUGGGCACGUCGCUGGUGCUGUUCGUGGUGGGACGCCUGUGCCCCGAGGAGUGGCAGAACCCGUACCCCUGCAUCGAGGAGCCGCCCGCGCUCGAAAACCAGUUCACGCUGGCCAAUGCGCUGUGGUUCAACCUGGGCGCCGUGCUGCAGCAGGGCUCUGAGAUCGCGCCCGCGGCCUACGGCAGCCGCGCCGUGGCCAGCGUGUGGUGGCUGUUCGCGCUCGUCAUCACCAGCUCCUACACCGCCAACCUGGCCACGCUGCUGUCCACCGAGACCGCCAGCGAGCUCAUCAAGGACGUGCAGGACCUCGCCGACAACGACCAGGGCAUCCAGUACGGUGCCAAAGCCGGCGGAGCCACUUACAAGUUUUUUGAGCAAUCGACGAACGAGCUCUACCAGCGAAUGUACCAGACAAUGAAGGAGCAGCCGAUGCCGCUGUCCAACCCCGAGGGCAUUAGGAAGGCGCUGGAGGACAAUUUCGCGUACUUCGCGGAGUCCACCACCAUCGAGUACACGGUGGAGCGCCUCUGCGACGUCACCAGCGUCGGGGACCCUCUGGACAGCAAAGGCUACGGCAUCGCGAUGAAAAAAAACUCGUCGUACCGGCACGCGCUGAACCUGGCGCUGCUGGCGCUGCAGGAGGACGGCGUGCUGCGCGACAUGAAGCGGCGCUGGUGGAAGGAGAUGCACGGCGGCGGCGCGUGCCAGGAGCCCGACGAGCGCGACGCGCAGAAGCUGUCCAUCUUCAACUUCCUGGGCCUGUUCCUGGUGCUGGCCGUGGGCUGCGCGCUGGGCGUGCUGCUGGCCGCCGCCGACCUGGCGCGCGCCGCCUGGCAGCGCCCGCGCGCGCGCUCCUUCGGCGCCAGCCUGCUGGCCGAGCUGCGCUUCGUGUUCCGCUUCGCGCAGGCCAGCAAGCCGGCGCGCGGGCCGCUGUCGCCGCCGCGCGCGCCCGCCGCGCCGCCCGCGCCCGCCUCGCCGCGCCCGGCCGGCGCGCGGCGGCGCAGCUCCAUGCACACGGCCAGCGUGCGCCUGGCGCGCCACGCCGCGUCGCCGCGCCGCCAGCUGUCGUCGCCGCGCCACUCCUAGCCCGGGCCGCGGGUGCGGGAGCUGACACUGGCCGAACUAAUACAUUUCGUUUUGGUGUUUCUCUUUCGUAAUGUUAAUCAAAAUUAUUUAGAUAAUUCAUUAAACUAAAACCUAGAACUAGAACGAUAACGUCGUUCUCACAAAUUUGUCCAAAAGUCACCGCAUCGUGCUGAGCUCUCCUCUAUUCCAAAUUAGAAUACUUGAGAGCUAAUAGAAAAAGAGUUGAGGAGAUAGUGAUUAAUAUUAAAUAGAAUUUGUAAUC